CGACCUUUCCAUAAUUCGGAGAUUUCUGGAUAACAGGUUUCCGGAUAACGGGUCCCAUACCUGUGUUGAGUUUGAAAUGAAUUUAGACUUUAACAAAUCCACAACUGGAUUGUUAUUACCCUCAUGACAUGGGAUUGAUUGACAUCUAUGUUAAUUAAUUUCUAAUAAUAAAUAACAAUGGACUAAUUGCCUAUUAGUCAUGGGAUGGGAAUUUACUAUGCAAACGAUAUGGGGGGUUUGCGGGCCCCUGAUGUAGCAGCCCUGAUGGGCCCGGACCCCCCAGUCGGAAGCUGAAUCUUCAUUUUAUUAAGUGCAAAACUCAAUGUUUGAGAUUUAUUAAGUGCAAAACUCAGAUGUAAAAUUAGGCAUCUAAAAGCUGGUGAGUUUAUGUAGAAGACCCAGGCAAAAUUAAAGUAAUUUUUAAAUUCCAGUAUCUUUGAAAGCUGCAUAGAAAAUUAUUCGAAUUUGAUUUCACUGUUACUACAUUUUUUAAUUACUAAGCCCGCAUUUCAGUUUGGUGAGUUUUGCAGCAUUGGUUAUGGGAUGUUAUAUAUGGAAUUGAAAUCAUAAUUAUAUCUGCACAAGGUGCUGAUGAUGUCACAAUGCCACGCCAAGAUCACAUGUCUGCUUAGCAUCUGCACACGACAUUCUCAUUUCUAACCAAGUUCAAACAUAUUCCUUAAGAUUCUUUAUAUUGUAAUAUCAGUCGUUUUAUUCUUAGCCAUAGAAUAAUUAAAUUCAUUGCUUAGUUUUAUAAAUUCUAUAGGAUGUCGUGUGUGGAAGCUGGAAUCAUAAUUCCUUUCCAGUGCUGAUGAUGUCAUAAUGCCACACCAAGGUUACAGCUGUGUAAACAAGGUGAUGAUGAUGUCAUAAUGCGAAACCAAGGUUACAGCUGUGUAAACAAGGUGAUGUCAUAAUGUCACACUAAGGUGUAGGUGUAGCAUCUGCACAAGAUAAACAAUUCACAUUACUGAUCAAUCAUAGAAGAAGAAACAUGUAUUUUAAAAUUCUUAAUAUUCUAAUUAUAUUCAUAGCAAUAUUCUUAACUAUAGAAGGAUUUCCAAUUAGAAGAAUUAAAGUAAAUAAUGACAUAAAGAUAAAAUCAGAAAUCAGAGAAACACCAAAUGAAGGCGAUGAUGAGUCCAGUAGACUUUUCGAACUUCUAGAAAUUUUCGAUGAACCGUUAACUAAACCAGGAUAUUACAGGGAGAAAACAGGCUGGGAAAAACUUAUCCCUCACAAGCCAAUAUUAGCCGAGGUCAUGGUCUUAAGUGUACUUAUCGUGGCCGGUUUUAUAGCCGUGGGAAUGCUUGCUGUUGGCAUUGCUUGGAUAAUAGCAACAAAUAAAUGGCUUGAAGUGCAAGAAGACAUUUUCGACGGCACAAAAGUUCUUAGAUUUCCAGGUGCCGAGGAUCAACUCAGAGGAAUGCAUUUUCCAUCAGGUAAGAUAAUGAAGAGAUUUCUACAAAAAGACACUUUCCUUGCUUUGAAGACAGUUUUAGAUAUCAGGGCAGUGAGAUUCUUAGAUCAUUGUGGGGCUUCUUCCUUUUCAGUGUGUAGGAGCAUAAAAUGUAGUUUUCAUUGUAGGAUAUUUUCUACUUACAGGGACUAGAAAGAUUGUGCACUAAUUGGCUUUA